AUCGUCUCUUUUCACUGCAGCUCCAUCGCCGAGCGAACUAGCCCGCUGCCCUCAUCCAACAUCUCAGCGCUGACUGUCGUAUCCAUCAAAGCACCAUCUGCGGCUCCCUGGAAGCUUUGAGCUCGUGCAGAAAUGCAGGCUAUCAAAUGUGUGGUGGUCGGCGACGGGGCUGUUGGUAAGACCUGUCUGCUGAUUAGCUACACCACCAAUGCCUUCCCUGGUGAAUACAUUCCUACUGUCUUUGACAACUACUCUGCAAAUGUGAUGGUUGAUGGGAAACCAGUGAAUCUUGGUCUCUGGGAUACAGCAGGACAGGAGGACUACGAUAGGCUAAGACCACUGUCUUACCCACAGACGGAUGUGUUCUUGAUAUGCUUCUCCCUGGUCAGUCCGGCCUCCUUUGAGAACGUCCGAGCUAAGUGGUACCCUGAGGUGAGACACCAUUGCCCCAACACACCCAUCAUCCUGGUGGGCACAAAGCUAGAUUUGCGAGAUGACAAAGAUACCAUUGAGAGGCUGCGAGACAAGAAGCUUUCUCCCAUUACUUACCCGCAGGGCCUGGCGAUGGCAAGAGAGAUUGGGGCUGUGAAGUACCUGGAGUGCUCUGCGCUGACCCAGCGAGGCCUGAAGACUGUAUUCGAUGAGGCCAUCCGAGCUGUGCUCUGCCCUCCACCAGUAAAGAAAAGGGGGAAAAGGUGUACCAUGUUUUGAGGAGAAAACACUUCUUAAUUACUUCUGUAAUAACACUACAUCACCAUGAACAACAACCACUACUUCUCUGAGAGGAUGAGAGAGGAAACUAGAGAGAAUGAGUGUGUACUGCUGAGAUUGCUUUCUUUAUAUUUAUGUUUUAAACAACAAUGAUAGAUUACUAACUGGGCCCCGUGUUCACUCUGUGGUAAUUAGUUAGUGGCAAUUUGAUUAAAUGGUAAACAUAUACUGAAAUGGAAAAGGUUUCAAGGUGACAUCUGAGGCCUGUCUUAUAGAGGGGCCUAGGGUCAAAAUCUAGUGUUAAUAACAUAAAUAUAUAACCAAACUGAAGCCGUUUCCAGACAGGAAGUCGCAACGGGAGAUUCUCCGUUCACAACAGUAUCAAAUCCUCCACAGCAUUCAGGUGAGGACUGGCACAGCAGGCAGAGGCAGGAUGCAACGUAUUAAUAUCGCUGCAAAGAUCACUUGUUUUUGUCCGUGAAUUCUAUGUGUAUUCACGUUUUCAUCUGGAGAUAUUUGUUUUUUCAUUUUUCCAUCUGUCGCAUGUUAGAAGUGGUAUCAGCAUCCCCAUCCCUCAUGGUGGAUCCUGUGGAAGAUCUCCUGCUGUGUUUUCGCAUCAGCUCCCCCAGACUUCCUGGGGGCCAGUCGGAGAAAGUCCUCAAAAACUCUUGAGUUCAGUACAUGUCUGAAAGCAGUGUAAAAGAUGUGGCUGUAAAAUGCUAUUUACCUGUCAAGUCAAGAAAUAAUAUUCAAGCUCAAAUGUUAAUAGUGUCAGAGAGAACUAGAUUCUCUUUUCUUCUUUUUUUUAACCACAUGUCAUGUUCUUAAUCAACCAACACCAUCUUUGGGUCAGUCAUUGGAUUUGUUUUUUAAUUUGAAAUGUUUCACUUUUAGCAAGGUGGAACAAAUUUAUCCAGUCUGUGCUAUUUCUUUUAAACACUUCAGUUCUUACAUCAGACAAGAAACGGAUCUUUGUCAAGUUUCUUUGGAUAAAUUUACCUAACUGUGACAGACGAGCAUGCCGAACAUGGGGGCUGUACAACCUUGUUGCCUAAGUUCUUCCUGUGAGGGUGUGGGAGCUUGCACGGGUCUUAAUUUAUCCCAUCGUUUCGAACUUGUCUCUCUUCCUCUGUUUGCUUGUGUUUCUGUAUAUGUAUAUAUGAAUGCUGGUGUUUUUGUGUUUGGACAGGAACGUGUCAGUGAGAAAGUGUUGUUUGACAGUUUGGGAUAGAUCAUAAAACACACACAGUAUUGUUUUAAACCACGUUUUAGUGUCCAGUUUUUGGUACUAUUUCAUAUUGUAUUGUAGAAAUAAACAAUACUGUUCAACAUAUAAAGAAAGAAAAAUGGGUAUCAAUGACAUUUUGUGAUGUACAGAAUAAUCCUUAGAAAAAAAUAUAUCUAUCUACAUGUACCUGAUUAUUUAGCUCUUAAAGGUAAAUUUAAAGGGAUUAUAGUCGCUCAUGUCGAAGUUAGAAAUGUUGCUAACAAUGUUCGUAAAGGGGCCGGUCUUUGUGGAGUUUGUCAUCAUGGCAAACCGCACAGAUUGCACCUUUAUGACUUGCAUUUCUGUAUGGUUGCAGGCCUGGAGUGUAUCUCUCUCCCUCGUGUGGUGAGAAAGAGCACUACAGUCCACUCUGUCAUGCUGUCUUUGGUUGGCAGAGCAAACUGUAUGGUUGAAUCAUGUCAUGUGGUCCUGCCAACUAAAUGUUGAAAUGUUGCUGAGAAAUGUUGAAAAAAAAAUCGUAUCUAAUAUUGCAUGGAAAUUCACUGGUUAUUCGACCGAUUGUUAUUAUUAGGAAAGGUUGUAUGUUGAAAUGCAUUGGCCAUGUACGUAUGUGACGUAAGACAACUUGUACACUUCUUUUAAUUAUUUGUCUUAUUUUGUAUUACUUG